AAAUAGGUCAUAGAGAAAGUCGUGAAAGGUCAACUCCAUUCACUACUAAUUCAUCUUAUCUACCUACUUCAUUGGUACAAAAUAUUCUCGGUUGUCAGGCUCAGGCUUUAGAAGCUAUAUCCGAUCAAGCUAAAGCUAAUAAAGUCAUACAACAAGAAAAUUCGGCUCUUAGGCAACGUAUCGAAUUUUUAGAAAAUCAAUUAUGGUCUCUGAAAAAAAACAAUUCUCCUCGAAAUAUAGAAAAUAAUGACGGUAUCUCUGAGGCUAUGGAUGUUGAUAUGAAAAAAACUGAUGUUAUGGAAAUUGAAAAAGAAAAUCGUCAAGAAAAACAUCAAAAGGAAUUUGAAGAUUCGAAUAAAGAGUGGAGUGAAAAAUAUUCCGUUCUCCAAAAAAAAUAUGAUCAACAAUCAAAAGAUUAUCAAGACUUGAAAGACCAUUACAAGAAAAGAUCUUCUGAAUGGAAACGUGCAAAACAAUGGAUUGAAGACACAAAAUCCGAAAUGAGGCAAUUGCGAUCACAAAAAGGAAAAGUAGAUAAUGCGAUUGUAUCAAGUGCGGCUCGAUUUGAUCGUCAUCAAGAUAAUCCACCUAUUACUUCUGUAAAUGAUCCGAAAGCUAAAUCAAGUGGUACUCUCGCUGAUGUUACGAAUGUUCAAAAUCGUAUGCCACACUCUCACGUCAAUAAUAUUUCCAUCAUAAGCAUCGAUAGUUCUUCGACACAUGUUUCUGAUAAUAAAAAAGAUGCUGAUAAUCACACUCAAACUAAUAUAUUAUCUUCAAACUUAUCAUAUAAUUCUUUAAUUAUUGAAAAAUCGCGACCUGAUCAUUUGAAUGUUCAAGAUUCUACUGAAUUAUGGAAUAAUAAUCAAAAAGCUUCGGAUUCUAAUGCAAACAAAGUUUUAUCUUGUGAAAACACUUCAAACAACAUUACUGAUAAAAACAAUCUAGAUCAUGAUAAUGGAGAAAUUUUAAAUCGACAAAAGGAUGUUGACUUUGGUCUACCUGACGCUAUUAAACGAGAAGAGGAUGAUACUAAUAUUUUACCAUUAGAAAAUAAACCAUAUAAACGGUGGAAAAAUAUAUCUAAUGAGAAAGAAUUAGACAAUGAUAUAAUUAUAGUUAAUACUCCACAUCGAGAAUAUGAUAAUCAACCGAUUGUUUCUGAAAGAAUCCGUAGUGAUGGUGAAGAAGGUCCUACACUACUCACUCCGAUUACCCCACAUAAUAUUAAAAACAAAAAUGCUCCACGUCGUCCUACUGUCAGUCCUAAUUUAUCCGAUACUACUAUUAGGUAUAAUGAAGUAGUACGAAAACAGAGCGAACGUCGACAGUUACAAGGUGAAGAUUGUCGUGAUUGUCGUCGAGUGAGUCCAAUGCCAAUUCCUGAUGCUACUGGACUAAAUCGUGGACAUUCGAAUCAAGAAGAACAAAGUGCUGAAGCCCUAAUGGAAGCUCGAUUACAACUUACUUCUAAACAUCGAUCAAGAUAUAGUCGUGCACCUACUCCUCCUGGAUUCUGGAGAGUCGGUUUCCCAACUUCUCAAGAAUUGGCUGAAACAAACGAACAAUCAUUGCAAUACGAAAAGUUGAGAGAAAAUCAAAAAAGAAAAGAUGAUGAAUACCUUAAGAGUCGUGAACAUAAAUGGGAUAGAUUGAAUACUAAAUAG